UAUAGUGUGCGUAUGAUAUGAUGUGCUGUGGUGAAUACCAAGAACUGUACUUUAUUUAUUGAUUUCUCACAUUUUAUACGAAACUAAACUUGGAAUUUUUCCAUGAAACAUUUCACUUUCAAUAACCACUGAUUUUGUUAAAACUGGUGUUUUCUACUGCAUACUGAACGAACGUGGGUAAGAGUGACGUUUAGCAUAUAUUUGUGAUUGGCAAGACAUUUUCAUCAAUUAAGGCAUCUAUUAAAAACGAGAACAAGACUAUGAACCCAUUUAAAGAGUUUGAAGAAAACAUAGCAAAUGCACUUAAAGCGGCUUUAUUUGCCAUUGAAGGAAAGGAUCAAUUUGAUUGGUGUAUCGAUAAUGUAAAGGAAUUAAUGCUUGAAUGCGCCCGUCAACAAUUUGAAAUGAGUCUGAAGUUACAUUUGAAUCUAGUAAAACUAGUUGAAAAUAUACAAUGCGAUGGACCAUCAUCUAAUUUUAAAUUGGAUCUUGAAGCUGUCAUUCAAUCAGUUGUUAAUCGAUUGACAUCGACAAUGAACCUACCGGCAAAAAUUUCCAAAUGUUUGACACACGAAAAGAACGACGAGCAAAUGACGACAAUUUCUUCAUUAGAAAAUACGGGAAGUGCAUGCUCAUGUAGUAGUGAAAACUUGUUUAACUUGUGAAGAAAAUUCUUUUCGCUAGUGGACUGACACAAUGCGUUUUUGAUGGCAUGCCGACUAUGUAACUUUUAAAUCGAAGUAAAUAAAUAUAAAACCA